GAUGGGUUACCACAAAUGCCUGUGGUCUUCGAGAGGGUAGGAAGUCGCAGCCAGAAUAUUCCCUGGGCGGGCCAGCCCCCACCCCGUGGCCGGCAGCAGGUGCCCACCAAGCAGUGCUGUGCUUUACUGGGUGAAGUAGCCAGUUGUUCCAAGGGAGAGGAGAGCCUAGUCUGCCACCCAAGAAAAACAAGAGAAGAACCAAAAAGAAGAAACCCCGAAACUAUACAACAUAUUUCAAAGCAGCAAAAACAGAACAUGAGCGGAACAAUCCAGCCGAGUGAAUUUGUGACCAGCGUCAUUGAAGAGCCACAGAAUCGUCCUCAAGAGGCCGAAGCAGCUGCUGACAUGCAGGCAGUAGCUCAUGUGGAAGAAGAAAUGAGACCCGAGGUCUCAAAAGAUGGCAUCACCUGGAUAAAGGAUUCAGUGAAGGAAUUUGAGCAAGAAUUGAAAUUAGUGAGAAAAUGCCACGUGCAAAUUAAAGAAGAGCUGGCAGAAAUGAAAGAUUCCCGGGAAGAACUGGUGCUUGAAUUUGAAGAUGCCAAGAAAGGUCAUCAAGAACUUCUUUCAAAGAUGACGGAUAUGGAAUGCAGAAUCGAAACUGUGAAAGAACUAAUUGACGUAGCCAAUGAAAGACUUGGUGCCAUGGAAACCAAGAUUACUGAAAACAUAUUAGAAGUAGAGAAAGAAUCUGAAAAAACGAGUGAGCUGCUGAAAGAGUUAGAGAAGAUUCAGCAACAAGUGAAAGACCUGGAAGCUAAAUCCAAAUACAGUAUCGGUGACGUCUUGGGAAACUUUUAAGCGAUUUCUGUUUGGCAGUAGCAUUUCUUGAGAUUAGUAUAUUCUCAUCAGUAACACAGCCUCUCGAGCAUCAAGCUUAGUUAUCUUAGCAUCAGUUCAUUUUACAGUAAAUGAUCCAGUCGCUUCAGUUCUCUGAUUGAUAAAGUUAAAUGACUCUUGAUGUCAUGUUUUUUCUUUCAAUGUUUAAGAAAUAAAAAAAAUUAUAAAA